CCACACCCCAAGGCUGGCGCGGCCCCAGAGACAGGCUGGCUCUGGUCCUGGCCCCGGAGCAGGAGGGGUUUCAUCAUGAUGACUGGCGAGAUCGCGAUGACGGUGUGAAGCGCCACAGAAGAAACCAGGACAGCUCCAGCUCCAUGCUUUGGUGUUCGAGCGCCGAUCGGGGCACGUGGGGCAUCAGCUGCGCGAGGCUCUGGUCGCUGUGUCUGCUGAGAUGUCCAAGGCAGCUCCCGCCAAAAAACCAGCGGCUUCGGCCCCGCCUCGGGGAUGUACCCUGGAUAUCAACGACCCCCAGGUCCAGAAAGCGGCCAUUCGCAUCCAGGCCUCUUACCGGGGCCACAGGUCCCGGAAGGAGCUGCGCGAGAAGGGGCCGCCACGCGUGCUGGAGCCGCUCAAGGACGUGGUGCUGAUCGAGGGCAGCGCGGCCAAGCUCACCUGCCGCAUUUCGGCUUUCCCCGACCCGUUCAUCCGCUGGAGCAAAGACGGCAAGGAGCUGCGCGACGGGCCCAAGUAUCGCUACGUCUUCGAGGACCCCGACGUGGUGGCCCUGGUGGUGCGCGACGGCGAGCUGGCCGACCUGGGCCAGUACAGCAUCAACGUCACCAACCCCUUCGGCCAGUGCUCGGACUCGGCGCGCAUCCUCGUGGAAGUCCCUGCGAAGAUUCAAAAGGGACCGGAUAACACUAAGGCGCGCAAAGGCGCCACGGUGACGCUGACCGCGGAGAUCAUGGGCGAGCCUGCGCCGGACGUCGGCUGGACCAAGGACGGGGAGGACAUCGAGGAGGAUGACAGGGUGUUCUUCGAGAUCGGCAGCACCACCACGACGCUGACCAUUCGCCGGGCCACGCCCGAGGACAGCGGCAAGUACGAGGUGUACGUGGAGAACAGCCUGGGCAUGGACCAGAGCUUUGCUCGCGUGGACGUGGCCUGAAAGGAACGCUCGGACCUCUCGCCCCGGCUCCCAGCCCCGGGGUGGGUGGCACCCACGACCCUCCUCCGUCUUGCUUAAUAAAGCUGCUCUCUCUGACCCUC